CAGAGUUGCGGUGGUGACAGCCUGCCUUGGAUGAAGUGUUCUACGUCCCAUGUUUUGGUGUUUCCUCGAGAGUGUUUCUGUGGAGGACCAGGAAGAAACAGACCCAUCCUCUGAGUAGGACCAGAUUGUUUUUGUUUAUUCCACCCUGAUCUCCACUGAAAACAUUUGGUCAUUAAAGGGUUAAAGAAGUUUCCUCUGUUGUCAAGGAGACAUCCUGAAGUCAGGGAGUGUUUCCACCUGGAGGACAGGUGAGGCUCGUCUACAGGUGAGGCUCAGACCAGCAACAAACUCAGACUCAGGAGGAUCGAAUUCACUCAGGUUCUGAUCCAGGUUGUGACCCAGGACCGGUAGGAUGUCAACUGACAGACAGAAACACUUUACAGAGACCAGAACUGGACCCGGUCCAUGUCCUGUUUCCGGUCCUGCAGGUCAGAUUCUGUCCACCAUCGACUCAGAUGCUCUGCUGACUGCCGCCUCACCUGAUGAAGAGGAGGGUGAAGGUCUGAGGGAAAGAAAAAUGAAGAUGAAAAACAGCAGCAGCUGUGUUUUACUGGAGAGACACCGCAGGAAACGCAUCACUCAGAGCUGCAGCACACUUCGACAGCUGUUACCCAUGAUCCCCCGCGGACGUGUUGACAUGGUGACAGUGCUGGACACAACAGUGGCUUUCCUGGAGAAGGUCCAGGAAUUAGUCCCUGCGGAAGACCAGUGCAUACAGCUGUGUCCUCCCGCUGAGCUUCAUGCUGAUUGGCUGCGGCGGAGUCAGGAGAACAGGGAGGUUGGACACAAGAUGGCUGCCGAGCAGGAGAAGAAGCUCAACAGGACGAGCAGGAGACACACUGAUGGACAGCUUCCUGUCUCAUAACUUUGUGACAUCAUCCUGCUGGUCACCAUGGCAACAGUCCAGUCCGGAGGAGUCAGUUGGUCUGUGAUAUACGAAGUACUCGGAGAAAGUUCUGUUUAGAGUUUGGGUCUUUUAUUUUGAAGGGACUGAUUUCCUGUAGAGAUCAGAGAACAGGAAUAUGAUUUCAUCAUGAUUUUAUUUUGUUAUUUAGUUUGUACUUCCUGUUUCUGUUUAAAUAGAAUAAAUCGGUUGUAUUGAUCAUUGAUCAGUUGCUGUGAGACUCAACAUACACACAUCUGACAGUCAGCUCAUCA